AUGGCCUCCCACUACUCCUCCUGGCCGUCCGUCGGCGGGGAACUAGAGCUGCUAGGCUUCCCCACGCUAUCGGAGUCCGAUGGCAAAGAGAGGUUGCUCAUGAGAUUGUUUAACUGUGAAAUUUGCAUCCUUAUCUAUGACUCGAUCCCACUAAACUCCUCAGCGUCCAGCCGGUCAGCCACUAUCCUCUCCCCGGCCGGGACCUAUAUAUACAGCCGCCGAUCACAGCUUCCCACCACCCAACCGUCCGACCUACGCGGCCGCGCGCGCUCGCUUCCUUCCCGUCGAAUGGCCGGUGCAAUAGCGCAGCAGCCCGCGUGGGCGCAGGCUCUCGCGGCGGCGGGCCUCCUCGUCGCAGCGCGCUCCGCGGCGCGCCUCGCGCUGUGGCUCUACGCGGCGUUCCUCCGCCCCGCGAAGCCGCUGCGCGCCCGCUACGGCGCCUGGGCCGUCGUCACGGGCGCCACGGACGGCAUCGGCCGCGCGCUCGCCCUCGAGCUAGCCGCCGCGGGGCUGGGCGUCGUCCUCGUCGGCCGCAGCCCCGACAAGCUCGCCGCGGUCGCCGCGGAGGUCGGGGCCAGGCGCCCCGGCGCCCAGACGCGCACCUUCGUCAUCGACUUCGCCGCCGACGGGCUCGCCUCGAACGUGGCCGCGCUCGCGGAGUCCAUCCGCGGCCUCGACGUCGGCGUGCUCGUCAACAACGCCGGCCUCUGCUACCCGUACGCGCGCUACUUCCACGAGGUGGAUGAAGCGCUCGCGAGGGAUCUCAUACGCCUCAACGUCGAGGCCGUCACGCGGGUCACGCACGCCGUGCUGUCCGGCAUGGUGCAGCGCAAGCGGGGCGCCGUCGUGAACAUUGGCUCCGGCGCUGCCACGAUCAUGCCGUCUGCUCCGCUCUACACCGUCUACGCCGCCACCAAAGCGUAUGUCGAUCAAUUCUCGAAAAGCCUUCAUGUCGAGUACAAGAACAAAGGCAUAGAUGUGCAAUGUCAGGCGCCGAUGUACGUGGCGACGAAGAUGGCCUCGAUCAGGAAGGCGUCCCUGUUCGCGCCAUCCCCGGAGACAUAUGCCCGCGCCGCCGUGCGCUACAUCGGGUACGAGCCGCGGUGCACGCCACACUGGGCGCACACCCUCCUUUGGUUCCUCUUCUCCGUCGUCCCCGAGCCACUGGCCGACAGGUACCUUCUUGGCACGACCCUCAGCAUCCGUGACAGAGGGCAUGCUAAGGAGGCCAGGAAGAAAGUGUUGUGACACCUGCACUCUCUCAAAAGAUUCAGAUAAU